CCGAAUCUCAGUUGGACUCAAAUUAGGUACAAAUUUUUCUCAUCAACUCUUUUGCUUCCUUCAGUUCUGAUCAAUGAAGAAAUUCAUGUGUUUUCAACCAAGUUUUUCAUUGAUGAUGAUGAUGGAUUCUUUCUCAGCUGCAAUCGAACCUUUUUUUGAAAACCAGUAAUCUUUUUUCCUGUUUCGAUCUCUGUGUUUUCGACUUUUCGCGAUGAAUUGCGAGUUACGCAGAGUUGUAGAGAAAUCUCCUUGUGGUAGGUUUAUUAGAUACAGUGAUAUGUUGGGUGGAGGGGCUUAUAAAGAAGUGUACAUAGGGUAUGAUCGUGUUGAGCAAAUUGAAAUUGCUUGGAACCAAAUCGUAGUAGAUGAAGCAUUAGAAAACCCUGAAAAGUUGUUCGCUGAGGGUAUUUUGUUGAAAUCGUUGAACCAUGAAAGGGUUAUGAAGUGUUUCUGUUAUUGGUUCGAUUCCAAGUCCAAAAUUCUUAACAUGAUUACAGAGUUAUUCCCUUCCGGUAGCUUGAAAAAGUAUCUUGCGAAUUCUGAUAGUAAUGGUGCUGAUUUGGUGAGUAUUAAAAAUUGGGGCAGGCAGAUUCUUGAAGGUUUGAGCUUUCUCCAUUGCCAAAACCCUAAGAUCAUCCAUCGAGAUAUUAAGUGUGACAAUGUGUUUGUUGAUAGUGGUGGGAAGGAAAUUACUCUUGGAGAUUUUGGGUUGGCGAUUCGUGUUAUGGAGGGUAAGUUUGUGAAAGAGAAAGAGACUAAAGGUACCCCGGAAUUCAUGGCUCCAGAGUGUUACGAUGGAGAAUACAACGAGUUGGUUGAUAUAUAUUCAUUCGGAAUGUGUCUUCUUGAGAUGGUUACUGGUGAAUAUCCGUAUAUGGAAUGUAGCAAUGGGAUUCAAAUAUUUAAGAAAGUGUACACUGGUGUAAAGCCUGCGUCUCUCGGAAAGGUGAAGGAGUCUAGAUUGAAAGAUAUUAUUGAGAAAUGUAUGCUUCCCAUGUCUGUUAGGCCAUCUGCAGAAGAGUUGCUGAAAGAUCCAUUCUUUUUAUACAACGAUGGAUCAUCAACAUUGGAGGCUUGUGCUCCUGCUGCUGCUGCUAGUUUUGUAAUUAGUCAUCCUUUGAGGGGAUUUCAUUGUUGUGCUAGGGAUAUUAGGAAUUUAUGUUUGGUGUGAUGAUCGGUAUAGGAUGAAUCUCACGCGUUCUAGUUUUGGAUUGAUUGAUUCUUUGUUAGAGUAAUGA